CCUGCUUGCUUUUACUUUUCAACGUUCACACUGAAUCGCUAACACUCGGCUCCAUUCCCCUCUUCCGGAUAUCAUUCAGAGGAUAAUUGGCUAAUUGCCCAAAUCAUGAUAGUGGUCGAUGGGGUCCCGAUCUCUGCACAUUCAUCUUCAACAUCUCAGGGAAUAGACACCCUACUUUCUUUGUUGGAGAAUCCUUUUCUAGUAUCUGCCUCAAAUUCUUUCAAAGCUAUCCCAGAGAGGAAGUUUUCAGUUUCUGAAGAGUCUUGCCCUGAUCGAUCAAAAUGGGUAUAUGUAUUUCAAAGUGAAUAUGCGACUGUCGACCCUGCAUUUGUUAAUUUUGUUGGCACUGAUGAAGCGACAACGUGUGUGGGUCUUGUCAUUCGGAACCAGAGCAAUGGGAUGACAUCACUUGCCCAUAUGGAUUCGCCUAAGAUUGUAGAUAGGGGGCUCUCUCAAAUGCUAUCACUACUCGUUGAUGACAAUGUGGAGACUGUGUUGGAGGUACAUCUAAUUGGGGGUUUUGAAGAUGUCUCACCAAAACAUGCUAAUGGUAGGACAGGAUCAGAAAGCCAUUCAGAUUUGGAUGGUUAUUCCUUUCCUUUGUGUGCAAAAAUUGUUCAAGCUUUAUGCACAAGGGAAGAGACCUUUCAUCUUCAAACUAGCUGUGUUCUUGGGCAUAACACCCAGAGGGAUUCUUAUGGAAAUGCAUUCCCCAUUUUCAAUGGAUUUGUGGUGGAAACUUUGACUGGAAGAGUCUUCCCUGCUAGUUUUGAUAGAACUUCAAGGUGCCCGGAUGAAAUUGUCAGGAGAAUACGAGUAACUGCUUCCUUUGAAGAUCCUGAUAGGAAUGGGAAGUUACUGGAGACAUACGACACCAAAAAAGAUCGGUUCAUAAUUGCUCCAUGUCGCUGGACUCUUCGCCAAUACCGUAUUGCUUCCACACUAAUUCAUCAUUCCGAUUCAGAAAUUCUUUCAAUGUGUUCUACCUCUCCUGACGCAGAAGGCCCAGAUUUUGUUGAUAGCUUGAAAAGGCAGUGGAAUUAUUUGAUUGAGCAUCCAUACUGGACAGAAACCUUCCCUGAGAAGCAGCCUCGCAUUUUUGAGAGGACAGCUGAUGGAGGCUGGACAAGAUGUUGAUGACACUCUUAAGGCUGCAAAUCUUUUCCCAUGAUUAGAAUAGCUUCUGCAAUGUCAUAGUCUCACGGGACAUUCAUUUGUGGCCUAUUGCUGCUUCUGACUCUCUAGUUUGAUUUAUAAUGAUUAUUGGCAUUCUCCUAAAAAUUUUAUGAUUGUUUUCUCAGAAUUUUACUUUCA